AUGUCUCUGACUAUUAUGUUGCUGAAUGGUGCUCACUUACACGGUAGAUGCUGCAGGCACAAAGUUUUGCACCCCUUUCUUGGACCUCUCCUCAGCAAUUCCAUGUCAAAAAUGUAUAGCAGCUACAGGAGGCCAGGCUCACAGCCUGAGAAAAAAACAUGGCAAAACACCGAUUUCAGUUUUAAGAAGAGCGUUGAUGUCUUAAAGACUCAGCUAAGCCUGCUGAAGAAGGAGACCAAAGAUUACUUAGUAGGACCUGGAGGCAUUCCAUUUGACCAGUACCUGUUGGAACAGACAAGGGUGUUGUGGGAGUUUCGGAGCCAAGAAGACUUAGAUAAGUGGGUUAUUUCCUCUGAUGUAGAGAUUGGAGGGAAAAGUGAAGUUUACCUCAAACUGGGUAGGAACAACCAGGCUGCUCUGCUGUAUGGAACCCUCAAUACGGAAGUACCUCGUGAUGGGGAGACCAAAUACAGUGGAUAUUGUAGCAUGAGGGCCAAACCGCCGGUG